GCUUACAAACUUCGCAGCCGCUGCGCAGUUUUGAGACUCGGGGAUUUUUUUCAGCCAAACAACAAUCAAGCCAACUUGUUAAUGGGUCCGGCUCAGUUCAGUUGGCAUCAGACUUUCGUCUGGAGAGGAUCUAUCUUAGCAAUAGUAAUCAAUAAUAAACAUAUCUUAAGAUGGAGAAAACCGUGACAAUUGCUCUCCCAGAAGAGCACACAACUAACCUUAGAAGAUUUGCCCGUGAGCUGAUCUAUCUUUGUGCAAUUCUUCUGAUAAUUGUAGGCUUAGCAGCCGGCUAUUCCCUGUGGGUGAUGUCCCACUCGACAAAUUCCACGAACAAAGGCCUGCACAUACUCGAUCGCAGCGAAUGGCAGGGGGAACCACCCAGCGGGAAGUACCCGCACCUUAAGCUUCCUGUCUCCAAUGUGAUUAUCCACCACACGGCUACGGAAGGAUGCGAACGGGAGGAUGUUUGCAUAAGGCAAAUGCAGAUCAUUCAAGCUUUCCAUAUGAAAUCCCUGGAAUGGGUCGACAUUGGUUAUAAUUUUCUGGUUGGCGGCGAUGGACAGGUCUACGUGGGUCGCGGUUGGCACAUCCAGGGCCAGCAUGUCAAAGGAUAUGGUGCUAUAUCUAUUAGUAUUGCCUUUAUUGGAACGUUUGUGAAUAUGGAGCCACCGGCUAGACAAAUUGAAGCAGCCAAGCGAUUAAUGGAUGAGGGUGUACGACUUCAUAGAUUACAGCCGGAUUAUCGUAUUUAUGCCCAUCGUCAAGUUAGUCCCACCGAAAGUCCUGGCCAGAAACUUUAUGAACUGAUGAAGCACUGGCCUCGCUUUACUCCAGAUGUGACGUCAUUGCGACUCCUUAGCAAUGCUACCUUGAAGUUUCUGACACGACCAUAUUGGCUAGCUCAGCCGCCGACAGUGCCACUUGCUCCUCUUAAUCUGCCCGUUCAGAGCGUCAGAUUCGUAGCCACUAAUACCCCAGCUUGUUCCACACAAGCCGAGUGCAUAUUUCGAGUGCGUCUUUUGCAAAGCCUGCAUAUCGAGAGCAUUGGAUAUAAGGAUAUCAACUUUAAUUUCGUGGCUGCUGGAGAUGGCCAUAUAUACGAGGCCAGAGGUUGGGAUCACAGCUGCGAAGCCACGAAAGAUGGAGCUGAGCAGGAUCCCAAAGAACUAGUCGUUGCCUUUGUGGGUCCAUCGGAUAGCAAUAAAAAACUUGCCUUAGAUCUAAUACAACAAGGCAUCAAACUGGGACACAUAAGCAAGGAUUACAAACUCAUUGAUGAUUCAGAAAAGUCAUAGAAAACUGGAAGCAGGGGGAAUGAAGCUUUACCAGUGCCAU